UAUUGAUCUAGAGGGCAGUCUGGAUUCGCCAGUGAAACACAGUUUGGAUUCGGGUGCAUUCAUUCCUCGGUCAUGUUUUUGACUCACUGAGUUCUAUACAAAAAUGAAAAUAGCAGCCUUGCUCUUGCUCGUGGUGGCCACCACAUUUGCCGCAGAGCAGUCAUGUGUCGGCCGCUGUCAGAGCUUUGAUUCUAGCAAAAAAUGUCAAUGUGAUACCAUGUGCAAAUACUAUCAGAGCUGUUGUGGGGAUUUCGAUACCACAUGCGUUAACAAAGUUGCCCGUGGGGACACCUUCGAGGUACCAGAGACGGAGAUGGAGCCACAUAGCACUGAGGCCACUGCGGUAACCACCCCUGAUCCAACCACCCUUCCUUGGACUACUGCCGUCCCAACCACCAUCGUCACCACCACCGCCAAACAGGUGCCGACCGAUCCGCCUGACCCAGAUGCUGUCACCUGCAGCGGCCGCACAUUUGAUGCCUUCAUGCAACUGAAGAAUGGGUCCAUCUUUGCCUUCAGAGGUGACUACUUCUUUGAGCUGGAUGAGAGGUCCGUGCAGCCUGGCUACCCCAAACGCAUCAAGGAUGUCUGGGGAAUAUCUGGCCCCAUUGAUGCAGCCUUCACCCGCAUCAACUGCCAAGGGAAAACAUACCUUUUCAAGGGCAAUAAAUACUGGCGAUUUGAUGGAGAUGUCCUGGAUGAGGACUACCCAAGGGACAUAGCCGUGGGAUUCCAGAAGAUUCCCAGUGAUGUGGAUGCUGCAUUUGCCAUACCCGCUCCUGGACACAAGGGGAAAGAGAAGGUGUACUUCUUCAAAGGUGACCAGUACUACCAGUAUGAGUUCCAGCAUCAGCCAUCUCAUGAGGAGUGCAUCCGCAUGACCAAGUCUUCCCCUUCUGUGUCUUUCACCAGCUACACCAAUAUGUAUUGUGAAAACUCCUGGGACGACCUGUUCACACUCCUUUUCCAAGGCCUGGAUGGUCACCACAAAGGCCCUCACUUCAUCUCUAAGGACUGGGUGGGCAUCAAGCCCCCAGUGGAUGCAGUCAUGGUGGGCCGCCUGUACAUGAGCACCAAGCCCACCACAGCGCCCUCCGCUGGGAGGGGCAGGGGCAGGGGCAGGCAGAGGGGCAGGAAGGCCCAGAGGACCAGGGAGAGUCGCUCGCUCUUCUGGGAGGAUUUUGGCUUGGAUUACGAAGAGAGGUACCAUAGUACAACACGUAAUGAGAAGAAGGAACGUGGCAGACGUCCCCAGACCUUCACUGACCUCUUCCUCGGCUCCCCAAUGGAGUACGCAGACUAUGAGGUCGAGGUGGAGGAGAAGGCCAUGCCUGCUCAGAAUGUCUACUUUUUCAAAAAAGAUAAAUAUUACAGGGUGGAUCUGCAGACCAAGCGGAUUGACUAUGCAAAUCCUCCCUAUCCCAGAUCCAUUGCAAAAUACUGGCUAGGGUGCAAAGGCAGCUUGGCAGAAAAAUGAGAUCAACUCAAGUUUGUGCAAUGAAAACAAACACUAAACAUUUUCAUCAUACACUCAAACUUGAGGGUUUAAAAAUAAUAUUUCAGGGUGAUCUGAAACAUGACUUAGAGGAUGCAGCUGAGGACACACACACACACACACACACACACACACACACAGACACACACACACACACAUGCCCCCUCCUUGCUUUGCUUAUAUCUGCAUCUUAUCAGUGUGUUUGUGCUUUGUGUAUUCAUAUGCGGCCUGCUGGGCAUGGGAUCAUGCACUACCAUCUAUCUUUAGCAAACACACUUGAAAAAGAGCAAUAUUAUGAGCACAACUGAUAAUGUACUGUCUAUGAAAUCUAUGAGCAGAUAACAGAUUGUAUGUUUCUGAAUAUUGUACUGGGUAGUUAAUGAGAGGUAAGGGUGUAUAUUUAUGCUUUAGCAUACUUACAUAAUAGAAUCCCACAUACACAAAUAAGGGGCCAUUGUAAUUCAUUAAAACAGUGAUAUGUUUUGCUUGAUGUGAAACCAAACAUUUGUAUACAUAAAAUGGCUCUUCUGUGAAAACGCACUGCAGACUGAAUCUCAUCAUAUGGAAUAUGAUACAUGUUACACAUUGCAUCUACUCUAGCACAUGUAGUCUAAUGUAUUUGAACAAUUAUGAACACAGACCACCUUUGUCUUUGUCUUCAUUCUACAGAGACUACAAAAGCCUCUCUCAUAUAAACGCUUCAAAAUUAGAUCACAUGCCUUUUUGAACAGA